CUAGGGAGGGAGCUACACAGGAAGUGCCUCCUUCACAGAGAGGAUAUUGACAAGUACUGAAUUCGCCUUGGCGCCAUCUUGUUUUGGCUUUUGCCUGUGGCGUAGCUGUGUGCUUUGAGCCUUGGAUACAAGAGUGUUUUGUAGAUGUAUCCAUUUGGACUGGAUUCCACAAGUCUGCAUUUGGAUAAGGCAGCUGAGUCAGAACUUCUGAGGGGAACAUCUGUACUCGAGUGACUGCAGAUUCCCUUCUCAAUUAAUUUUGAAGCUAUCAGCAAGAUCUCUGAAAACAGACCCAUUGCUUCAAUCAACAGUAAUCUUAUCAUACGUCAUGAUGUUUCCCUUGACCAGAUAUGCACUAAACUAUCUCAAGAUUCCAAGCAUUCUGAAAAUCGUGGGAAGACAGAGCCACUCAAAGUCCUCAUCAGAUUUUCAUGACAAAUAUGGCAAUAUGAUGUUAAUUAGUGGAUCCAUUUUCUGUUUUGCUGGAUAUACGAUUUAUAUAACACAGAUGGGAGUGCAGUGGAACCUGUCUCCUGUUGGCAGAGUUACCCCCCAAGAGUGGAAAUAAAAGUAACUAUCUUAGAUACAGCAAUGCAGAAUUGUCUCAAAACAAACUUGGCAUGGAAAUGUUCUUCUGUUCAUUAAAAUACAGCAUAACAAAAGAAAUAAAAUAAUUCAAAAGUA